AUGUCUUCACUUCACCCCUUUGACCCUAUUACUCCUGGGGAGAUCCAGCUGGCCGUGCGCGUUCUGGAGUCCGCUUUCCCGGGAGUUAAGUUGCGGUACAAGCGAAUUGAUCUCCAAGAACCCACCAAGCAUGAGACCAUUCCGUACCUCGAGGCCGAGCGCCUGGGCAAGCCGCGCCCUCGCAAGCCGGCGCGGCUGCUCAUGGCCUUGUUCCAUCGUCUAGACAAUGGCUCGUUCUACAAGGCUCUGUUGAACGCCGACACCAAGUCAAUCGUGUCGGCUAAGGAGCUUCCCAAGGAUGUUCAGGGCCCUCUGGAUGUUGAUGAGAUGCUUGAGAUUGAAGAGCUAUGCUUGAACCAUCCGGCUGUUCAGGCGGAGAUCGAGAAGCUGAUGCUCCCAGCGGGUAUGACGGUCUGCCUGGACCCUUGGAUCUAUGGCACCGAGGACGCCCAGGAAACCCGGCGUCUGUUCCAAUGCUAUAUGUACAUCGUGGCCACCGACCACCCGCAAAACAACCAGUACUCCCUCCCCUGCAAAUUCUCUCCAGUAUUCGAUGGCAUCACUCGGCAGCUGGUGCGCAUGGAUUACCUGCCUGGUGGCGCCGAUACCCAGACCACCGAGACCCAGCCCUGGAAGCCGGUGGCAGCCGUCCAAUACGCCCAUGAUCUACUUGAUGAGCCGCUGCGCACUGACCUCAAGCCAUAUAUCGUGCAACAGCCUGAGGGGGCCUCUUUCAAUGUGGUUGGAAAUGCCGUGUCAUGGCAGAAGUGGCGGUUCCGUGUUGGCUUCAACAACCGCGAGGGCUUGGUCCUGCACAAUAUAACCUAUGAUGGCCGCAAUACCUUCUACCGCUUGUCAUUCUCGGAGAUGACAGUUCCUUAUGGAGACCCGCGCGCCCCCUACCAUCGCAAGCAGGCCUUUGAUGUGGGUGAUGUUGGCUUUGGUAUAACGGCAAACCAGCUGUCUCUUGGCUGCGACUGCCUUGGACACAUCAAGUAUUUCGACGGCUUCCGCACUGACGCCAAGGGCGAGCCUAUCCAGCUUAAGAACGUCAUCUGCAUGCAUGAGCAGGAUAACGGUCUCCAGCACAAACACACUAAUUAUCGCUCCGGCGCCGCAACCGUCGUGCGUAACCGACAGCUCGUGGUUCAGAUGAUCUGUACAGUGGCCAAUUAUGAAUAUAUCUUUGCGUUCAUCCUGGACCAAGCCGCGAACAUUGAGCUCGAGGUUCGUGCGACCGGUAUCCUUUCAACCGUGCCAUUCGACAACACGAAUGGCCAGACAGUGCCGUGGGGUACAAACGUUGGACCAGGCGUGAUGGCCCCGUGCCAUCAGCACCUAUUCUCGCUACGCAUUGAUCCUGCAUUGGAUGGCUUCAAGAAUACGAUCUACUACGAAGACAGUGUGCCGAUGCCUGAAGAUGACUCAAACCCCUGGCUGGUUGGGUACACCACCGAGAAGAAUGUUAUCAAGAAUAGCGGCAGUGCAUCGACGAGCGUUGAGAAGCACCGCGUGUUCAAGAUCCGCAAUGACCAUAUCAUCAACCCAAUCACCCACCACCCCAUCGCCUAUAAGCUGCAGACCAACCCGAGCCAGAUGCUGCUGGCUCACCCGAAGUCAUUCGGCUUGAAGCGUGCGCAGUUCGCGACUCGUCCGAUCUGGGUGACCAAGUAUCAAGAUGACGAGCUCUUCGCCGCGGGCGAAUUUACCAACCAGAGCAAGAAGUCCGAGGGAGUCGAAGUGUGGGCGGCGAGAAAUGAUGGCGUGGAGGAUGAGGAUGUGGUCCUCUGGCACACAUUCGGCCUGACCCACAACCCGCGCAUCGAGGAUUUCCCCGUCAUGCCCAUGGAGCGUGUCAGCGUCAUGCUCAAGCCGGAUGGGUUCUUCACCAAAAACCCAGCACUGGAUGUUCCGCAGUCGUCGCAGUCCUUCAACCAAUCGACCCAGCAUCCGGAACCAUCUUGCUGCUCUGGACCGCAGGAUAGGAACCAGGUGAAGCUGUGA